UUUGACAUCAUCCCAACAGAUGAAGAGACGGAAUUGGGCAGUCUGCGUCGGACGCGUCCCCGAGUCACAGAAUCCGAGGCGAAACAUGCCAAACGGACGAAGCCGGAAGCGUCUGAAGACUCGGACAGUGAGACUGACAGUACGGCACUGGACGAUGUUGACGAAGAUGAUGAAGUCCUACAGGAGAUUCGAUCCUCUCGAGGUCAGAGCACUGGGACGAUGCCAGUUCACGCAUUACCACUCUAUUCUCUACUGACACCGGAACGUCAACAGCUGGUUUUUGAACCCCCACCAGAUGGUCAUCGUCUAAUUGUUGUGGCAACAAACGUGGCAGAAACCUCGCUUACCAUCCCCAACAUACGGUUUGUUGUGGAUUCGGGCAAAGUCAAAACCAAAAUAUACGAUCCGGCCACCGGGGCAUCCAGUUUUGAGAUUGUGUGGAUCAGUCAAGCCUCGGCAGAACAACGUGCCGGUCGUGCGGGUCGAGUAGCUCCCGGUCAUUGCUAUCGUCUGUACAGUUCACAAGUUUUUUCUAGCAUGCAACCGUUUGCCACCCCGGAUAUUCUCACUCGACCGAUCGAUGAGGUAGUGCUUAUGCUCAAGUCUUAUUUGGGCAGUACACCCCUGUCUCGUUUUCCCCUGCCCACAACUCCGUCUCCGAUUGCGAUCGAAGCGGCCGAAUGUCGACUGAUCACCUUGGGCGCCCUGGAGGAAUUGUCCCGAUCCAGUUCUGAAGACAAAAUACGCACCAUCACGCGAGCGGGUCGUUGGAUGGCUCGGCUUCCAUUGCCGGCUCGUUUCGCUCGAAUGCUUUUGUUCGCGGAUCAACAUCAGCUCAUGCCAUACGCGGUCAUUCUGGUCGCUGCUCUCUCUGUCCCCGAUUUGUUUGUGACCAAUAUACAACCAACUGAACCGGAUACGGUCGAAGAGAAAUCGGAAGGUCAAACCAAAUCCACCAUAGAAGAUUUUCGGGCUAAUUUCGCUCAACAAUUUGUCCGGCGUAAAGCUGAUUUGUAUUUUGGAGAUCUAUCUGUGCUUUUGGGCACGGUUUGUUGCCUGGAGCGCUAUGCCGCCCAACUUCACGGACUGUCCGACCCUGAGCCUGGUAUCCUGGAAUUUUGUGGCGGUCGGAAACAAGUCUCACGUGAUCCAGACGCCGCAUUGCGCAUGCUAACCGAACGUUGCGGGGUGCGUUGGAACGCGUACAAAGAGAUUCGACAAUUGCGACGCCAGUUGACAGAUAUCCUGAAUGCGAACAUUCCGGAUCUGGGUUUGGCGUUAGAUCUCACGCUUCCCCGACCCACACCAGAUCAAGUGCAACAAUUGAGACAACUGUUCCUCGUCGGGUCCCCGUGUCAUCUGGCCACCAAAUUUGAUCUCCCCGUCGAAGGUCUGCCGGCGAAAGAUCGUAAGCGUUUGCGUCAUGCAUAUCGAGUACCCGGUGUUCGCGGCCCCGUAUUCGUUGACCCCAGUUCCCCUCUCGCUCGAGAAAACUAUCCGUAUCUGGCAUUUUUGGAAUUGCACAAAUCGGCCAAACCAUUUUUGCGCACUGUGUGCGCUAUCGAUCCUCGCUGGAUUCCUUUCUUAGCUCCGCAUAACUAUCGUGUGGACGGCUUGGUACUGUCAGACAACCCGGAGUCUACAGAACGGCCUGAUUCCACCCAGUCGCAUUCACCCGUGCUUUGUACGAACACCGAAUCUGAUGUAGACACGGACGAGGAUGUCCGUGAUCAUGAUCAUACCCAAUCGGAUGUGGAUUCGAAAAAACCGCUUUCCCGUCCCUGAGCCAAACAUGUGGAAUAUAUCGGUUGCGGUCUGUCAGCUGAGGCGGUCGAGGCCGGGAAUCACGGAUUCGAUUUGCCUAGUGCUGUGAUGCUAGUACCUCUGAACAGCCUGGCCGCGUCACGUUCACUGGGUGCCCAUGAGGCCCGAAUGUGGAGUGUGCGCUGGUUUGCACGAACUAUGCUCGAAGGCAGUGUGUUCGAGCAGUUCUCCGUCUGGUUCCCCGGUCGCAUCAAGAAAAAUGUGCAAACUACCCUGUUGACUGUCUCGUGGGGUUUAGUUCGUUCGGAGGUGCGAAAAUUGAUCGCUGCCCUGGCCAAGCACAAUGUGGAUACUCGUCGAAGUCUGCUCUCUCGUUGGGCCGUCGAUCCACUGUACCUUUCCAAGGAACUUGCAUCCUGGUUACCCGCCGAUGCAGCUGCUGAAUUCCAUUCCCAGUGGCCCUUGGUCCCUGUGAAAAAUUCGGUCGAAGAUUGA